AUGACAAAAUGUCUUCUUAAGGCUCUUAAAGCCGUUGAUCUUCAAAAUCAUAUUGAACUAUUUCGUACACUUGGUUAUGAUUCAGCUGGUGCAUUAGCACAUUUUCAUCAUGAACAUUUAAAACAAUUAAAUUUAUCCAAACAAGAAUUACAUCGUUUUCACGCUUUACUUGAUGUACUUAAAGAAGCAACGCGUGAAGGAAAAAUUUGUCCACAUUAUUCAAAAACUCAUAAACAUUCAGCAAUAAAAAAUAAUUCCAUUCGAGCAAAAAGUACUGAAUCUAUUCAACAUCGAAAUUUUCAUGCAAAUAAUUUAUAUUCAAUAAAACAAUCAAAUGAAAAUUUAAAAUCAAAAAGAUCUUCAAGUUCAAUUAAAAUAACUGAACGUUUAUCAUCAACAUCAAUAGCAAAUAAAAGUCAUGCUAAUGGAUUUAUUUUACAAAAAACAUCAUCAAGUCAUAGUCAGCAACAAAAAUUGAAUGGUCAAAAUUUUUCUGAACCAAAAUCAUUUUUAAACCGUGCACCUGUCCAACAUGUUAAAGUAAGGAAUUAA